CAUGUUCGAACCGCCUUAUGUUCAAUCCAUGGGAUGAGGCGCGUUCGAACCGCCUUUUCGAUCCUAUGUGCGCUGCGUUGUCAUCUCCAAGUGCAAGCGAUCCGAGAGAGCUACAACCCGGACUCUAUUCACUCAAAUUUGACAGGCCAUUCAGACAGCGACUGUGAGCGAGAAGCCGCGGAGGCCAAACGCGUGUUGCUGAAGCUCGGCGCUCAAGGCACUUUCAAUGGCAAUCACUGCUCAUGGCCUGGCAUCACCUGCAAGAAUCGGUGGAGCUGCAAAGUUUCAAAACUGGUUUGCUCUGACUGUGGUGGACAACUUCCAGAACACAUUGGUCUCCAGCACCUCGAGAAUGUAUUUCUGCGGCAUCGCAACUUGACUGGCAACAUUGUAGCCUUGCAAGGCCUGCGUCAGCUGACGGUGCUAAAGGUGCACGGCGCAUUCGUGGAAGGUGACAUUGAGGUCCUUGCGCAGUUGCCGGCGCUAAUUGACCUGGACUUGUCCAAAACCAGUGUUUUUGGAGACAUCAUGGCAUUGGCACGGAGUGUUUUUUCGUUUUGCUUGAGAGCACUGGACCUGUCCAAGACGAAGGUGACCGGAAACAUUGAGUUCCUGAAAUACAUUAAGUAUCUUGAGGUUGCUGACUUCUCCAGUACCAAAGUAUCGGGCUCAAUCGCCCCCGGCAGUUGGGGUACAUGUUGCCAGAAGUUGAGAUCACUCAAGGUGUCGAACACUUCCGUGAGUUUAAGCUUUGGCCAACAAUCUUUCGACGAUCUGAUGGUCACAAAUGAGAAGUUUUGGUUGCCAAAGUUGAAGUACUUGGACAUGAGCAGCUGUCCAAUCAACCUAUCGCUCACAGAACUGAGCGUUAUAGUGAGCAAGCUUGCAGUUUUGUCUUCACUAAAAGUUGCUAACGCUGGGCUUCAUGGUUCCUGGCCUAUGUUCUGGAGACCAGUGACGAGUGUGGAUCUGUCAGGCAACCGCAUUUCGGAUCUGAAGGCGCUACCAGCAACAGACAUAGCUCUUUUACGUGACAUUCGUCAGCUCCACAUCAAAGAUGGCCUUUUAGCACAGGCGUUGCGCACUGGGCUCGUCUUGGAUUUGUUUGAGACUGAGCUAGAGACCCGUGAAGAAGCUCAGCGACUUGUAGCGAAGGGCCUCUUGCAAACCACAACGGAAUUUGCAAUCCGUGACGACCUGAAGGGUUUUGCGUGCAAAGACAUAGCUGGAAGCACUUUGCGCGUAACUCCAGCCAAGUUUUUGCCGGACGAGCUUUGUGAAUGCCUUCCUGGAUGGCAUGGCAAUGGCAUCAAUUGCAGCAAAUGCCCAAGAGACACAUUCAGUGACCACAUGGGCCAGGUUUUGUGCCAGCCUUGCCCAGCAAACAGCACCUCACCGGAAGGUGCGGCCUCCAAGGUGCAGUGCAACUGCAAAGUUGGAAGGCUGUACGGCAGCAGCUGUGGUUGUGCUCCGCAGCAUGCCCUGCAAGGUGACAGCUGUGUGCCAUGUUCGGAGCUGCACUUGCAAUGUAAUCAGCCAGGCAGUGUCGCGAGCACAGCACUUCCACAAGAAGGACAUGCACGUUUGCAGCCUUUGGCAACGGUGGCCCACAAGUGCCACCCACCGGCAAAAGCACGGUGUCCCGGAGACAGGACGUGUGGUGAGGGCUACACUGGCACUCUUUGUGUUAGCUGUACCGAAGGGUUUUGGGCCACCGGGAGCAAGUGCCAGAAGUGCGCUCAAGCAAGCUCUACUACCUGGUGGGCGUUUGGUUUGGCAGCUGUCGUCACUGCAGCUGUGGCGUUGGCAGCUUUCCUGGGCUAUCGGUGGCUGUUUGGUGGUCGCCGCAACACCCCGGGACCCCCAAACGCGACUACCCUUUUGCAAAGGGUGCUGCUUUUACAAGCACCAGUUCUGCUUCAGAUGGUCCAGUUGUGGAGCAUUCUUGGUCGAAUGGGGGAACGCUCCGGCAAGGGCCUGCCAGAGGUCCGCUAUUUGGAAGCUUUUCAGCUGACGGCCACGGAGUUGCAGAACUCUUUCAACGUCCAGUGCACAUUCCAUGCAGAAACAGUGAGAACGCUCUUUGCUCUUGGCUCUCCGUUGCUGCCUUUGCUGCUGCUCGCUUGCAGUGCAACACUGGAGUGCUUUCAAGAGGGCUUGGGUGUCAACAUGGCCUUAAAGACCCUCACCUUAUUAUUUAUUGGCGGUGCCUCCAGCAGUGCUGCACUCUUGAGUUGCCAGUAUGCUGAUGGAGAUAGCCAGAGCAUCGGUGAGCAUGCGUUCCGUGCGGCAUUCCCUCAGCUCUGA